GGUAGUCGUCAUUUUCUGACCUGAUUACAACGACUCAACAACCCUGCCGACCUAUUCUGGCAAAAAAUGCGUGUCUCCUUGCUCGUGUGCGCCGUUUUCUGCAUCUUGUUAGCUCUACAAGAGUGUCAGGCUCAAAAGAAGAAGAAAAAGUUCAAUUUCACGGAGGACAAACUGGUGCCGUGUGGUGGCAGGAACAGCAGACAGGUGGACGUUCGAAGUAGCCGCCAAAAGCGCCGAGCGGCCGAGGUGAUCAUCGCCCAAUUCAAACGAGAUUCUUUCGGAUGCGACGAACAAGGACCCAAGACUCUGAUUAAACACCAGGACGUCCGCAUCGAUUUGCAGGACUCUCGUUGGUUUGAAAAACAGGGCAAGCAUUGGCGCAAUCUGCAAUUUCAGUUAAAUCAACCGAGAGUGCCAGGAUUUCCGACGACUGUCGCCACGGUGCUGAUGGAAUGCGAUAAACAAUUUCCCAUGCGAUAUGUACGAAAUGCUUUCGUCAGAAGUAUGACCAAGUGCGUUCAUGUUUGGUUGGACUAAUCACAGGAAAAUCACUAUUAUUCCUCUCUGCGAUGUGCCAUUUGUAUCCGUUGCUUGUGUCACGUAUAUUACUAGAUGAUGGUUGGUACUGUAACGUUUGAAUAGCCUUCCCUUAUGUAGCAUGGGAUAUCUUCUAUAUAAUAAAUAAGUUUAGAUC